AUGAUGGACGAGAGGGAGGAAGAUGACAACGAAGCCUGGCUCCUUCUGCGGCCUGUGGAACCCUUGCCCUCCCAGUGCUGUGGCAGUGGCUGCUCACCAUGUGUAUUUGACCUCUAUCACCGAGACCUGGCAAGGUGGGAGGCAGCCCGAGCCAGCAAGGACAGGAGCCUGCUGAGUGGAGAGGAGGUACAGAGCUGCUCCUCCAGCCUGAGCCCAGAAACCUUCCUGGCAUUCAGCAUCACCACUGUGGACAAAGUCACCAAAGAUACCUACUGUGCUCGGUUUGCAUUGCCUGGGAACAGCCAGCUUGGCCUGUGGCCUGGCCAGCACCUCAUCCUACGGGGGAUAGUGGAUGGCUUAGAAAUCCAGAGAGCUUAUACACCCAUUAGCCCCGCCAACGCAAAAGGGUACUUUGAAGUUUUAAUUAAGUGCUAUCAGACUGGGCUGAUGUCCCAAUAUGUCAAGUCCUGGAAAGCAGGAGAUACAGCUUUCUGGAGAGGACCUUUUGGAGGCUUCUUCUAUAAACCAAACCAGUAUGGUGAGCUCCUCAUGCUGGCUGCAGGAACGGGCCUGGCCCCCAUGGUGCCCAUCCUGCAGAGCAUCACAGACAAUGCAGACGAUGAGACCUUCGUCACUCUGGUCGGCUGCUUCAAGACCUUUGAGGGUAUCUACCUGAAACCCUUCCUCCAGGAGCAGGCCCGCUUCUGGAAUGUCCGCACCUUCUUUGUACUAAGCCAGGAGAACUCCCUGGAGCAACUCCCCUGGAGUUACCGUGGCAAGACAUGCUUUGGCCGCCUGGCCCAGGAUCUGAUGGAAGAACUGGUCAGCUCCUGUCGCAGGAAGCCAUUUGCAUUGGUCUGUGGCUCGGCUGAGUUCACCAAAGACAUGGCCAGGUGCUUGUUGUAUGCAGGCCUGGAUGAGGACUCCUACUUCCUCUUCUAG